AUGGCAACCGACGAUCUCGCCAGCUCAUGGGAGGAGACGCCUUUCCCAGGCCAAAUGUCUAAUAUGCUUGAUCACCAAGAAUGGGUCACUCCAGGCACGACAUACACCACCACCUCAAAUCCUUAUGUGUCCACCUCUCACGCCAAUCAAGCUAUGCUCACUCCUAUCAGCCUCUCCGGCAGUGUCCUUCUUGACCCUCGACAUAGCCCAUCCCAGGGCCACCAGCAACAUCAAGACCCCCGAUAUCCUUCUAUGGGUGGUGGGAUACAGCACGGCCUUGGAAUCACUGGAACUUCUGCGCUAAGCUACGUGCAACCCGGGAUGCCUUCAUACAAUCCAUUUCAUAGACCUAUGAUGGGAAAUAUAGUGGACCAUACCGAUUCUGCUGGGUAUGAGAGGGAGAGAUCGCAAAUGAGGACCACCAGAGCACCACCACACACCCCAGCGCAUACACCAGUACAUCUAAGACCCCCAGUUACUAUCGCCCCAAACCCUGCCGGCCUCCGACAGCUAGAGCAAGAAAGACAAAUUAGUCAGGAAGAGCAAGCUCAGCGCAAUCCCAGACGGCGUCGACGGACCCGAAGGCGGUCAACACAAUUAGAAGAAGAGACGGACUUUGCCAUAAAGCUUAGAAACGAAGGGUACGCCUGGAAGGAUGUUGUAUCGCGGGUGAAUUUUGCUUUCAACGCCAACUAUACCGCCUCCCGCCUCCAAAUGCGCAUCACACGUCGGUGGCAACGUAUGAUGAAAGGGUGGUCCGAGGAUGAUAUUCAAGCGCUUCAGAAUGCUCAUUCGUACUGGGAGACUGAAAAAUUCGAGAUAAUAUCACAGAAGAUACAAGACUUUGGGGCUACAAAAAGGUGGACUCCUUCACAAUGCGAACAAAAAUGGGAAUUACUUCAAACACAUAGUCGGGCUCUGGAAACCAGCCCAAGAGAAAUAGAAGAAGAACCAGGACCAGAACCAGAAGCCGACGAUGAUGACGAAGAACAUCAACCCAAACGUCCCCGGACACAAUAA